AAGACACGAUGUUGGAGCUGCAGAUAGAGCAGUGUGUGUCUGCUGGUUUGACCUCUGACCUCGUCUCGUUGUUGCUCUGUGACGGUCUGAGCAGCAUCACACUCACCAGGCUCCACCUGCUGGUUACCAAGGCCCUGUGUGGUCCUGGUCCUGGUCCUGGUCCUGGUCCUGGUCCUGGUCCUGGUCUCAGCAGGGUCCUGGUGGUGUUGAAGUCUUUACACAUUCUGUCUGAGGACGAAGACGUCCUGCAGACGCUGAUCCACCGGGGGCUGACCGCCAAAGUGGUGUUGUGGUUCGAGGCGGUCCGUGACCUGCUGACCUCUGACCUCCAGAGAGGCUCCGCCCUCCUGAUCAACCUCUCAGAGGAGUUCUACCAGUUCUUCCUGCUGUUGGGUCGAGCUUCUCUUCCAGUCUCUCAGCUGUCUGUGGUCCUUCUUCAGUUGGGUCAAGUUGCUCUCGAACCAAAAAUCAGCUUCUCAGUGAGACUUGAGUCCAUCAGAACCUUGAACAGUGUCCUCGAGUCUCUGAGUCGCGAACAGAAGAAACUGAUCCAGAUGGACCAGAACCAGAACCAGAUCCUUAACCAGGUGGCUGUGGCUGUCCUGAAUGUGGGAGACUACGAGCUGCAGGUCAGCCUAUCAGAGGCUCUGUGUCGCCUGACGCCCAAGAAGGAGCGCCAGCUGAGAGCCAAUCAGUGGUUCUCCAGCCGUGACAUCAGCAGCGCCUUCUGUGACAUCAGAGACAGAGACUUCGAGGUGGACUGUCGCCGUUUCCUGAACAUUGUGAACCGUCACCAUGGCGACAACAGGAGGGUGUACACCUUCCCCUGUCUCAGAGCCUUCCUAGAAUCCACUGAGAUUUUCCGACCCAAAGACGAGAAACUUGACGAGUUCUGGAUUGAUUUUAAUGUCAGUUCAGGAUGUGUGAGCUUCUUCGUAGACGAGCCUCAGGGGUUCCUGUGGGGGUCGAUCCACCUGCUGAAGGAGGACGUGGACCUCUACAGUCUUCAGCUCCGCCAGGACGAGGUGGUCCUCAGCGUUCGGCUGAACAAUCCCAUCAUGCACCUGGACAGCCGAGGUCAGACGGUGGAGCUGACCUUUGACCCUGAACAUCAGAGAGAGCUGGAGACAGCUGCUGGGAGGGUCUUCAUGAAGGGGUCUGCAGGUGGUCUGGUCCAGGCGUCCCCCCCAGCAGACAGACAGGUUGUUAGAUCCUACAGCAGGAAGAAGAAACCUCCGAGUCAGCUGAAGAUUUUGCCUCUGUCGUCUCCGAGCAGUGAAGAAGACUCGUCUGUCGUGAAGACUCCAGUGAGCCGAUCAGAGUUUCUGUUUGACCAGAUCAGACACUCGACUCCAACAUACUGCUCAGGACUUCCUGUGGAGGCGCAGCCAGACGUGUCUCCUCUCCGACAGGAAAUGUUCAGGGACAGGAAGAGGAGCGCUCCGGACUCAGGCUACCUGUCAGGCCAAACUGAGGGCCUGCCGACCCAUAAGAGGAGGGCGGAGCCUCAUCCGGAGGGGGAGGAGUCUAUCUCCCUUCUGACAGAGUGUCAACGACACGUCACCUCACUGCUGACAGCUGUCCAUCAACACAGGCUGGACUUGCUGCAGAGCUUCCAGGUCCAGGUCUCUGGUCUGCUGACUCGUCUGGACCAGGACUCGUCGUCUCUGAACUCUCUCAGCUCUCAGAUUCUGAGGUUCUUCCGGUCUGAGAUGCAGCGCCUGGGCUCCUUCUGUGACCAACACCUGAGCAGGUUGGAGUCGCUGGAGAGUCGAGGACGAAUCGUCCGUCCAGCCAAUGAGGGAGGAGAGACGAGCUCGUCCAAUCAGGAGCAGGACAGACCUGUGACCCGGUCUCUGAGUCCAGAUCCAGAUCCAGAACCAGAACCCUGGUCACAACCACAACCCUGAUCAGAUCCAGAACCAGAACCCUGGUCACAACCACAACCCUGAUCAGAAUCAGAACCCUAAUCAGAACCAGAACCCUGAUCAGAUCCAGAACCAGAACCCAGAUCAGAACCAGAACCAGAACCAUUAUUAUUAUUAUUAUUAUUAUUAUUAUAAGUAAUAAUAAAUAUUAAAACAUUUUGGGUAAAAA